AUGGCAGUCUUGAAUGAAGAUGAAUCCAAAAUGGCAAAAGAUUUUAGGAGACAGCCAGAUUGGGUAUUGCAAAAACUAGGGAUACAAAGGGAUAUAAUUCAAACCCCUAAGUCAGGAGGGAUAGAAGAUAGUGAGGGAGGUAGGCCAGUGAUACCUAAAUGUAGUCCCCCUCAUAUGAGAAGAAUAGAGAAGCCUUUUAUAACCUUUGAUAACCCAUUAUUAAAUGGAAUUAGAAGAUGGAGGGACGUGCAUAAGGAUCAAAGUGAAGAAAAUAACACAAAUAGAGGUAAUAUUAUAAAUAAUAAUAGAGGAAGUAAUAGGUAUGGCAGCAACCAAAAUAAUGGAAAUAAUGGAAAUAAUGGAAAUAAUGAUGACAAUUGUGGAAAUUCUAAUGGUGGAGGUAGAAACAACAAUAAUAGAAAUGGAGGUAAUCAUGGAAAUAACGACAAUAAUAAUGGUGGUGGAAACAAUGGGAACAAUGGUAAUUAUGGCAGAAAUGGUGGAUUCAGCAGAGGAAAUGUUAACAAUCAAAAUAACAAUCAGGGUAGCAGAUGGCCUAUGAUCAUUGAAAAAUAUAGGCAAUUGGAUUUCACUGGUAUUGUUGAUCUUUCCAGUCGGAUAUUAGUAAAUCGUUUUGCAGGAGCAUUAUUGAAGAAAAUGGAGCUAUCCAAAAGAAGGAAAGCCUUUAUCCCACAUUAUUUGUGGGAUAGGCUCUUUAAACGUUUAAGUCAUAGUGACUCGCAUGAUAACAAUCGAAAGACAAAUGGCUUUUGGUGUGAAGAAGGUUGA